CAAAACUUGCUGGCCACUCCAACCCCUUGAAGUGCAAGCCAAGCACUGCAGACCGUUUUGUGUGUGCCGUCGCUGGGGCUCGCCUUUCUCGUAGGUUGUCUGUGUCGUUGUUCGCAAGGUCAGCCUUCCGUUGUUUGUGGUCAUGCCUCCCCCCACCGUCUCUCGCUCUGGCUCCCCCAACCACUCUUCAUUGCACGGAGUCGGCAGUGUCUCCCGUGGCUGAUUGAAGGUGUGUUUGGAGGGUCUGGACUAACUGAGUGAAGUCCAGUUGGACUGUGCUUUACGUGAAGGUGUGUUUGGAGGGUCUGGACUAACUGAGUGAAGUCCAGUUGGACUGUGCUUUACGUUGCAUUUCGGAAUGACCAUGGCGAAUGUGCGUGCUGAUAGCGUCUUGCGGCUCGUAGGGGCUUCGAAGUAGGCCUAUCUAGCUUUCCUGGAGGAUUUUUGCCUGCUUAGGGAUCUUGCCUCUCCACUCGAGGAGAGAGUUUUGGCGUUUGGGCCACCUUGACCCUUCCGUCGACGCUAUGCUUGUGCCUUAUGCGCAACUCUUGCUCAUAGGAAUUGGCCGUAGGCUAUAUGCUUGGGCUGUUUAGAGAUUGCUUUCAAUGGAUCUGUAACUCCCUCAUGCCCUCUAAAAUAACUGCUCGCCACGGCUUGCGUCUCUACUGCUACGGUUCCAUUCUUGAAUACUCUGUUGUAUUCACGGCGGUGUUGCAGAGCCUGUGCACCAAGUAAUGCUCCUACCGGCCGAUUUCAAAGUGGUCGAGCGCGGCACCAGUGGCAGAGGUGAGAGCGGCACAUUCGAGGGACUUUGAGAGUGGGAGAGAUUUGAGCAGUGACUAAGUAAAAGUGACAGUAAUGGCGGAAAAGAUAGCGGGCAUGAUCCGGCAUGCAGGGGGAAUCAACUACGCGCAUGUUCUGCCGUCGCCUCCCCUUAAGAGCUCUCGUGUCGCUGAAGAAACCGUGACAUGUGAGAAGGCCGCGGAGCAUUCUUGCGAUAUUGUUGCAGAGACGCCGCCAGCUUGCGAUGCUGUCGGACACUCAAUUCAGUCUGCGAAGAAGAGAAGCCUUUCUCACAAUGGUUCAACCGGAGACGAUUUUUGCAAGCGACUACGGACACCGCACUUGGUCAUGCACAAAGGUCGAGUUGGAUGUCAUACUUCUUAUGAGGUGUGUAUGUCUACACCGUGUGUGCGCACGAGUUUAUGUGUCAACGGAGCUGUUCAGUCUUCGGAAGACCUCCCUUGUUCUCCGUCUGUGUUGCACAUGAAAAAGUCAAAUUUCGGACACUCAAACUUCCCACAUCGGACAUCAUGGUGCGAUGGUGCCGCGGACUCUAUGUCGAGUUGCUUGCUCAGUUCUGGUGGAACACCAGAUGAAUCAAUGCAGGAUUUCGAGCUGCCAGAUGAAAUUUACGCGGAUUCUACAUGUGCUUCACUGCAUAAUGAGUUUGAAUCUGACAAUGGGUAUGUUCAUGUGUCUGGGAAAGACGUUGUACAGUGCGAUGACGAUAUAUAUAGUGAAGCUGAAUCAGGUUUGUCGGGUCAAGUUGAUGGGCCCAGGAUGCAAUCAAACAACGAGGUAGAUGGAAAUCGGUGUCCCCCAAGCUACCCGCUUAUUGAGAAGUUAGUGUCACCUGUGCCGGAAGGAACCGAAGAAUAUGAAAACAUCACGAGCAUGUUUCUCAAAGGUCUGGGGAAGUUCGGUUCCGAGACUAUUGUCACGAAUAUAUAUCGUGAUACUAGUUCUCGAGGGCAAGCACGUCAGCAAGCCUUCCAAAAAUUGGUGGAAUCAACGGAAAAGACUCGCGGAGAUGCGAAUGUACGGUUUGCCUGGCAUGGUACUAGUAAGGCCGGUGUGUCUGGAAUUUUCCUUCACGGAUUUGGACAACCCAGGACACCAAAGAACGGCUCAGCUUAUGGCGUAGGAGUUUAUCUCGCACCAGAGGAGCGCUCCCACGUCAGCGCUGUGUACGCAGAUAAUGACGAUAGCGGUGAACAGCACGUAGUUUUAGUUCGGGUGGUUUUAGGGACUUCUGAGCUCGUAAAGCAAGGGUCUGAUCAAUUCCACCCUAGUAGUGAGAAAUAUGACACAGGUGUGGACGACCUGGUUAGUCCGAAGAGAUUAAUCGUGUGGUCCACCCACAUGAACACACAUAUUCUUCCGUUGUAUGUUGUCAGCUUCAAGCUUCCUCCUCUCUGGCAUAAAAUGAUGUCAGCGUUUCAUGGGAAGAAGGCUUCUACAAUUUGUCGCUUAGCCUCUAUCAAGCGGCACUUAACAGCACGGAAGGAAUUUCAGGUUUCAGAGAAUGGGAUGGGCACUUGCUCGUCAUCCAAACAGGGUCCAACGUCACCGGCCAUCUCAUUUCCUGAUCUCUUCCUCCUCCUCACGCCGCUUCUACACCCAAACAGCCUUGAAUAUUUAAGAAAUUCCUAUCAGGAGUUUCAGGCCAAGAGACUUCCUCGCUCAGAACUCAUUCAACACGUGCGAAACGAAGUUGGAGCUGAGCGGUUACUCCAUGCAAUCAAAUUGCUCCAGGGUUCUCAGUUGGAUCGAAUUCGUCAGAUUUCUAGGGAGCAACGAGUUGGUAUAACCGGAAACCCCGCAGCAAUUUGAUGGUUUACAGGGUUGCUAAUUAGUGCUGGAGCUACGACAACCCAUGAAGCAAGGUAAGUUAAGGCAUCAGAGCAUACGUUCUGGGUUGAUUUAGUCAAAGAGUCUUGUAUCUAGCUUUUUCUGCCUGUCGCUGAAGCUUUCUCUGUCUAGGAUUUAUCCUUCAAGGAACCUCGUUUCAUUCAGGGAGUAGCUAGGACACAUGUUCUCUUCGUUUUAGUUAGAACCCACUAGAGCGGGUGGGCUUCUAAGCAGGGUUAGAGUAUUACACUGAGUGCGUGGCUGUUGUGGUUUAGGUUCUAAUUAGUCGACUAGAAUUUUCACUUUGUACACUUGUCUAAUACAUACUCGUCCUUUGCCAAUUGUUGUUGUU